GAGUCAGUGCAGAAAAGGACUUUCACAAAAUGGAUCAAUACUCACCUGGCUAAGCGCAACCCUCCCAUGCUGGUGAAUGAUCUCUUUGAAGAUAUCAAAGAUGGGGUAAUGCUAAUUGCUCUUUUGGAGGUUCUUUCAGGGCAGAAACUGCCUUGUGAGCAGGGACGUCACCUGAAGAGAAUUCACUGGGUUGCCAACAUUGGCACAGCUCUUAAGUUUCUAGAAGGAAGACGGAUUAAGCUUGUCAACAUAAACUCAACUGAUAUUGCUGAUGGGAGGCCUUCUAUUGUGCUUGGCUUGGUGUGGACGAUAAUUUUAUAUUUUCAGAUUGAAGAGCUUACCAGCAACCUCCCACAGCUGCAGCCGUUGUCUAGCAGUGCUUCUUCUGUGGAAAGUGUUGUCAGUUCAGAAACUGCAAGUCCCCCAAGCAAACGGAAGGUUUGGCAAGGAAGUGCCAGGAAGGCUUUGUUAAAAUGGAUACAGUACACAGCAGCCAAGCAAGUUGGAAUUGAAAUCAAGGAUUUUGGACAAAGUUGGAGGAGUGGUGUUGCAUUUCAUUCUGUUAUUCAUGCUAUCCGCCCAGAUUUAGUGGACAUGGAGAAAGUGAGGGGAAGGUCCAAUAGAGAAAACCUGGAAGAAGCAUUCACACUUGCAGAAGCAGAGCUAGGAAUUCCAAGGCUCCUUGAUCCUGAAGAUGUGGAUGUUGACAAGCCAGAUGAAAAAUCUGUCAUGACCUAUGUAGCCCAGUUUUUGAAGUACUAUCCUGAUCCUCAUCAAACAGUGGCUGAUGUGCAGGAGAAUGAUGAAUGUCAAGCAAUCCCCACUUUUGUCGUUUCUUUUAUGAAAUUUAAGAAGGAAGACAGACUGAUGUUGAGAGAGCUAAAAGUGUGGACAGAACAAUUUGAAAGAGACUUAGCCCGAGCACAGGUGGCAGAAACAAGCUUACAAGAGAAAUACCAGUCAUUUAAGCAUUUCAGAGUACAAUAUGAGGUAAAAAGGAAACAGAUUGAACUUGUAACCCAGUCAUUAAGGAAAGAUGGUAAAUUAUCACUUGAUCAAGCUAUGGUGAAGCAGGCAUGGGACAGAGUUUCUUCCAGGCUACUUGAUUGGCACAUACACCUUGAUAAAUCUCUUCCUGCACCUUUGGGUACCAUAGGUGCUUGGCUCUAUAGAGCAGAGGCUGCUCUGAGGGAAGAAGUAACUGUUCAGCAAGCUCAUGAGGAAACAGCCAAUGUCAUACACCGGAAGCUUGAACAACAUAAGGAUCUGCUGAAAAACAUAGAUGGUCACAAAAAGGCAUUCCAUGAGAUCCACCGGGCCAGGUCAGUUAACGGAGUGCCUGUUCCACAUGACCAAUUAGAAGACAUGGCAGAGAGGUUUAAUUUUGUUGUCUCUUCAUCUGAGCUCCAUCUGUUGAAGAUGGAGUUUCUGGAACUGAAGUACCGCCUACUGUCACUCCUAGUCCUUGCAGAAUCAAAGUUAAAAUCGUGGAUUAUCAAAUAUGGAAGGCGGGAGUCAGUGGAACUACUUCUUCAAAAUUAUAUUGCUGUUAUUGAAAAUAGUAAGUUCUUUGAGCAGUAUGAAGUUACUUACCAGGUCCUGAAAAGAGCAGCUGAAAUGUAUACCAAAGCAAACGGCUCAGUGGAAGAAAUUGAGAAUGUGACAAAAUUCAUGAGUGAAACAACAGCACAGUGGAGGAACCUCUCAGUAGAGGUGAGAAGUGUGAGAAGCAUGUUGGAAGAAGUCAUUGCUAAUUGGGACAGAUAUAGCAGCACUGUGUCAGGUUUACAAGUUUGGCUGGAAGAUGCUGAAAAGAUGCUAAAUCAACCUGAACAGUCUAAAAAGGAUUUCUUCCGGCACUUACCUCAUUGGAUCCAACAGCACACAGCCAUGAAUGAUGCUGGUAAUUUUCUGAUUGAAACGUGUGAUGAGACCAUUUCCAGAGACCUUAAACAGCAGCUUCUGUUACUAAAUGGAAGAUGGAGAGAAUUGUUUAUGCAAGUGAAACAGUAUGCUCGAGCAGAUGAACUGGAGAAAAUGAAGCAGGAAUACCUGGAUGGUGUUGCCCAUUUGACAGCUUUUAUUGAUGGAAGCAAUGGGAAAUUUUCAGUUCCUGUAGAAGUGUCCUUCCUUGAUGUCAAAAUGUUUGUACAAGAUUUAGAAAAUAUUAAGCAGAAAUUGCCCGCGAUGGAAGCUCAGUAUAAAGUGGUUACAAGAACUGCACAACUUGUUACAAAAGAAGUUUCCCAAGAGGAAGUGAAUGAAAUUCUUGGAACUUUGACAAGGAUCAAAGAGCAGCUGAACAAGGUUAAGGAAUAUUCCUGUGCCCUGCUGUAUGAAUGCCAGAAUCUGCUGCCUCCACUGGAAGAACUGGAGAAACAAAUCACACAUUUUUAUGAAUCUCUUGAAAAAGUCAACGAAAUAAUUUCUGUCAUGGAUCCUGAAACACAACCUACAAGUGUUCUUAAACAAAAAGCCCAAGAUUUGGUAGCUUAUCAAGAAAACUGCAAGAAAGAUUUGUCCCUGAUUGAGAGAAAUAGUCAGAGUAUCCUGCAGCGUGUGACUUCGAGUGAAGCGUUACAGCAUUUUCAUCAGUCGACAUUUCAGAAGAAAGUUACACAAGUUCAGAUUACUUUUCAGAAUAUGGCCAGGAAAGCUGAUGACUGGAGAAAGAACAUAGAAGCAAAUAGCCGAUUGAUGAAGAAAUUUGAGGAGUCUAGAGCAGAACUGGAGAAAGUAAUACAGUUUGCCAAUUGUUGCUUAAAAGAAAAAGGAAAUCCUGAAGAACUUCUCAGGAAGCAUAGCGAAUUCUUUAAUCAGUUGGAUCAGAGAGUCCUAAAUUCCUUUCUGAAAGCAUGUGAUGAACUUACUGACAUACUCCCAGAACAAGAGCAACACAACCUACAGGAAGCUGUGAGAAAACUCCAUAGGCAGUGGAAGGAUCUCCAAACAGAAGCCCCAUAUCACUUAAUCCACUUGAAGAUAGAAGCACAGAAAAGCAAGUUCCUGGUCACAGUGGAGGAGUGCAAAGCUGAACUAGCUCGACAGAACAAGGUGUUGUCAAGAGAAGGCAAUGAAAGGAUGAUUGAGGAACACAUGUUGUUCUUUGGUGACAAAGGACCAUACCAUCUGUGUGAGAAAAGGCUACAACGAAUGGGGGAACUUUGCCAAAAACUGCCAGUUACUGAUCCAGUGAGAGCUACUUUGGAAAGCAGCCAACGAAUCCUGAAGGAACUCAAAUUCCAGAUAGACAGCACAUAUGUAAAGCUCACAGAGCAUUCGGACACCUGGAAGGGCUACAAGAACAGAUUUUCUGAAUUGGAAAAUUGGAUUUUGUCAACAGAAAGAGAGCUAAAGAAGAUAAAGGAAAGUCUCAAUGAUACUGCCAAAUACAAGCAAUGUAAAGCAUCCAUAGGGGAAAUUAGGAAGCAUAUUAACAAGCAAGGAGAAAAUCACGGCUGGCUGAAAUCUCGACUUGCUGUUUUGACUGCAGCAUGUCCUGAUUUGGAGGCCAAAAAGACAGAGGAUGAGCUUUGUAAACUUUCCAGUGACUUCAAGGGACUCCUAGAUUUGCUGGCUGAGAUUGAAAAGACAUUAGGCACUGUUGGAGACUGUGUACAGUACAAAGAAGAAGUUAAAAGUGCAAUUGAAGACUUAAUGAACAACUCCAAAGAAGCCCAAGCAGAGGCUGAAAAGAUCCUGGAUACAGAAAGUUUAUUACAAGCUCAGCAACUACUACUUCAUCAUCAGCAAAGGACAAGGAGACUCCGUGCAAAGAGGCAAGAUGUGCAACAGCAGAUUUCCCAAGCUAAACAGUUGCAGAUUGAAGGUGGACUGCCCAGCACAAUGCAGGAGGAUAUACAGAAGUUGGAAGGAACAUUGGAGAACAUGCAGCAGACUAUGGAGAAACGUGAAGAGCAACUGCAGGUCACAGUAAAUAAAUGGGAGCAGUUUGAAAGGGACAAAGAAACAGUAGUGAAGUAUCUCAGUCAAGCAAGUUCUGCACUUGAACGAAUCUUAAACUUUAGCAGUUUAGAGAGCCUCUGCUCAGAACUGGAUCAGACAAAGGAACUUUCUAAACAGACUGAAGCAAUGGCAGUGCAGGCUGAGAAUUUGGUGAAGAAUUCUUCUGAGAUACAGCUUGGUUCAAAGAACAAGCAGUCCCUUCAACAGCAGGCAAAAUCAAUCCAAGAACAAGUGAAAAAAGUGGAAGUUACUCUUGAAGAAGAUAUUAAAAGCAUGGAAAUGGUGAAAAACAAGUGGGAUCAUUUUGGCAAUAAUUUUGAAGCUCUGUCCAUCUGGAUAGCUGAACAAGAAAAAGAACUGGAAACUUUGGAAACAUCAUCAUCUCCUUUGGACAUACAGAUCAGCCAAAUCAAGGUUAUUAAUAAAGAAAUAGAUGGUAAAAUGACUGGAAUAUCGAAACUAGAAGAGGAGGCUGAAUCUUUUUCUCAGUUUGUUACCUCUGGAGAACGUGCACAUAUUAAAGCCAAACUGACUCAGGUCAAAAGGUAUUGGGAAGAGCUAAGAGAUCAUGCACAGAGACUGGAAGGAACUAUCACAGGGAAUGCCUCAGCACAGCAAAAAUAUGAAGAAAGUUUUAAGCAGGUGCAGCACACAGUGACUGAAUUUGAAACUAAGCUAGCUGAGCCUGUCACAACAUGCUCUUCAGCAGCAUCAACAUACGCAGCCCUUCAGGAUUGCACGGACCUUUGCCAUACUGUGGAAAAACUGAGCAACACUCUGGCCUCUCUCUCAGCCUGUGCUCGAAAGGUGGCCAACAAAGAAAAAGCUGCUCAGGAGGUUACAGCAUUACAGCAGAAAUAUGAAAAGGUGCUAGAAAAUGCUAAAGAGAAACAGACUGUAUUAGAGACUCUUCUGGCUAAGUGGCAGAAGCAGGAGAAGGAGCUGUCUGCCUUCGUGACCUGGUUGGAGGGCUGUGAAGCUACAGCUAGGCCUUCAGAGCAGUAUGUUUCUGUUGACAGAGUUAAACUGGAAGGUGAACUGCAGUCACUGCAGGAUUUGCAAGCAGAUAUUAAGUCCCAUGCUUCAGUCCAUGCGAGCCUGUUACAGUUAAAUGAGUCACUAUUCCCAACAGCUUCCAAACAGUGUGUGAAUGCAAUAAAAGAAAAAUUUGAAGAUCUGGAUAAGAAGUGGAAAGCUUUACCACCAACUCUUGAUAAAAGGAUCAACUUCCUUCAGUCUCUUGUUGCUGAGCAUAGGCAGUUUGAUGAGCUCCUGCUCAGGUUUUCAGACUGGAUUAAGAAGUUUCUUGCUGAACUACAAGCCACUUCAGAGAUAAACACAGCUGAUCAACAACUAGCUGAAUCUCACAAUAAGAACCACUUAAUGGAAGUUGAAAAUAAGAAACAGCAGUUACAAAGUCUGAAGGAACAUGUAGAUAAAUUGUGUUCUUUCAGCUGCCCAGAAGACCAGCAGACAUUGCAGGGAAAGACUGAAGAUUGUUUUCAGAUCUUCCAGGAGGCAAAUCAAAUAACUUGCCAAAGACAAGAGGCUCUGGAUCAGCUGCGGGUAUUCCUGGAGCUCCAUAGUGCUACAUCAGGAGUGCUCCACCAGCUGAGGCAGACAGUGGAGAAAACAGGAAAUAUGGAUAAAGCUAGAUCUGAAUUACUGGAGAAGAAACUUGAUAAUGUUGUUCAAGAUCUUAACAAGCUGGAAUCUGUUGCCAUCAGUUUGGAUGGUUCCCUUACUAAGGCCCAGUAUCAUCUAAGACACGGCAUUUCUGAGCAGAGAACCUCCUGUAGGGCUGUGGUGGAUAACCUGUGCUUGGAACUGGAGACAGUUCAAAACCUGCUGGGAACCAAACAGAGUGAGGCAGAAGCUCUUGAAGCUUUGCAAAGAUCUUUCAUGGAACAUAAAGACCAACUACUGAAGAGUAUCGAAGAUAUUGAAGAAAAGGCUGACAAGGAGGGCCUGAAGGAGACAACACUGCAAGCCCUCCAGCAAAGAUUGAGGAUCUUUAACCAGUUAGAUGAAGAAUUGAAUUCUUACCAGCACAAACUCCAGUGGCUCAUGGACAAAGCAAAACAAAUAGCCCAAAAAGAUAUUACAGUUGCUCCUGAUAUUGACAAAGAUAUAAACUGCUUAGAAUCUCUAUGGAAGGACACCAAGAAGGCUAUUCAUGAAAAAAAGGAGCAGUCCUGCAUUCUUAUUGAUCUGAUGAAGGAAUAUCAGAGCUUGAAGUCAACAGUAAUGAAAGUUAUAGACAAUGCUGACAGUGCUUCUGUGAUCAAAUCCAUUUGGAAGGAUCAUGAAGAUGUCAGGCGAACUUUAUCAAAGCAUGAAGCUGCCAAGAAUGAUCUGAGCAAUAAACAAAAAGACCUGGAUACUUUCACCAAUAAAGGAAAACAUUUGUUAGCAGAACUGAAAAGAGUGCAGAGCUGCGACCCCACUGCAGUAAAAACCGAUAUGAACAGUACAGUGGACAAAUGGCUAGAUGUGUCUGAAAGAAUUGAAGAAAACAUUGACCAGCUGAGGGUAAGCUUGUCUCUGUGGGAUGACAUCCUGAAAACUGGAGAUGAAAUGGAUGGAUGGUGCAAUAAGUGCAUUUCUCAACUGAGUGAAGGCAUCAGCAACUUGAGUAACAGUCAGAGAAUGGAGGUCCUCCUCAAAGACUUCCAGUCUGAAGUCAAGGAUAAAGAACUGAAGUUGGAGCAGCUUAGUUCCAAAAUUUCAGAUCUCAAAGAACUGAUCCAUUGUCAAGAGCCUCCUGCAGACCUCCAGUUCAUAGAAUCAGAUUUGAGGCAAAAGUUGGCACAUGCCAAAGAAAUGUCAGAGACAGCAAAAGAGACACUGAAAGAUUACAGUACUCAGAAGAUGCAGUUGCAGAAGUUUAUUGAUGAGGUGACAGCCCAGUUAACAACAGUGGAAGAGACACUGUUAAGCUGUACACGUAACUUGGAUCCUGAAGCUCUAAAUAAAGUGAAGGAAAUACAAAAAGACCUUCAGCUUCAGCAGAGCAGCAUUGACUUGACCCGUGAGAACCUCAACAGCCUGUGUCGCAGAUACCAUUCUGUAGAGCUGGAAACUCUUGGUGGCACUGUCACUUCAUUAAUAAAGAAGUAUGAAGCUGUGAAUCAGCUCUGCUCCAGAACACAGGCCAGCAUGCAAGAGUCCUUGGAAAAACAUUUCCUCUAUACUAUGCAAGAAUUCUGGGAAUGGUUUUCCGGUGUGAAGGCUGCAGUGAAAGAUUCAUCUGACAGGUCUGGAGACAGCAAAGCCAUAGAGGCAAAGCUACAUGACUUGCAGAAUGUGCUGGAUUCUGUUAGUGAGGGACAAAAAAAGUUAAAUGCUGCCUGCAAGGAAGGAGAAAGUUUAUAUGCUUGCUUACCCCAACCAGCUGUGAGCCACAUUCAGGAACAAAUAGCCAAGUCUAACCAGAACUUCCAGGAAUUCCUCAAUCAGUGUCUGAAUGAUAAGAAAGCCCUGGAAACUUGUGCCUCACACCUGGGAAGUUUUGAGGAUCAACACAAGAAACUUGGCCUGUGGAUACAUGACAUGGAAGAAAGAAUAAACACAGAAGCUUUAGGAGAGAGCAAACAGCUUAUUCCUGAGAAGACAAAGGAGGUGCAAAAACUUGAAAAGUUCCUGGAAGAGUUACUAAAUUCAAGGGAAUCUUUUGAUAAGCUGUCCCAAAUGGCACAGACUUUAAAUGAAGAAGGCCAUGGUGCAGGGAGAGAAGUGCGCUUGGCCUCUCAACAUUUCACCAGUUAUCAAAACAUGGUCAAAAGUGUCAAGGAGAAGCUGCGAACAUGUCAGCUUGCACUUCAAGAGCAUCUCACUUUGGAAGAGGCAUUACAGAGUAUGUGGUCAUGGGUGAAAGAGGUUCAAGAUAAACUGGCGUCAUCAGAGAGCACUGUUGGUAGCAAAGCCACGCUGGAGAGACGACUGGCACAAGUUCAGGAGAUUCUCUUACUCAAAGGUGAUGGUGAAGUUAAGCUGAACAUGGCCAUUGGCAAAGGAGAACAAGCACUUAGAAGCAGUAAUGAAGAAGGACAAAAGGUGAUACAAACAGAGCUACAGACACUGAAGGACGUAUGGAAUGACAUCAUCAGCACCUCAGCAAACUGGCAAAGCUGCCUAGAGUCUGUCAUUAGUCAGUGGAAUGAAUAUCUGGAAAGGAAAAAUCAGCUGGAGCAGUGGUUAGAGAAGCUGGAUCACAAAGUGGAACAGCCAUUAGAGCCACAGAUUGGUUUGAAGGAGAAGUUUGCUCAGCUGGACCACUUCCAGGCUAUUGUUUCUGAGAUAGAGGAUCACUCUGGUGAUUUACAGCAACUAAUUGAAAAAGCUGUGGAACUUUAUGAGAAAACAGAGGAUGAUUCUUUUAGAGAAGCAGCUCAAGAAGAACUAAAAACACAGUUUAAUGACAUCACAACUGUAGCCAAGGAGAAAAUGAGGAAAGUGGAAGAUAUUGUGAAGGACCAUUUGCUGUACCUUGAUGCUGUGCAUGAGUUCACAGAUUGGCUCCAUUCUGCAAAGGAAGAGCUGCACCGCUGGUCAGAUGUAUCUGGAGAUACCCCAACCAUACAGAAAAAGCUGGCCAAAAUCAAUUGGGCGCCCCGCCUGGCCCCCCGCGACGGCCGGCACACCGACGCCGAGGUGCUGGAAGGCUGGCGCAAGGAGAAAGAAACUCUGGAUGCUCUGGUAAAGUCUGAACAUAUGACAGAUGAGAUCAAAACUCAGUUAAAUGAUCUUUGUAGAUUUUCCAGAGAUUUGAGUACUUAUUCUUCAAAAGUUUCAGGGUUGAUUAAGGAGUAUAACAGCCUCUGCCUGCAAGCUUCAAAAGGAUGUCAAAGCAAAGAGCAGAUCUUGCAGCAAAGAUUUCGGACAGCUUUCAGGGACUUCCAGCAGUGGCUGGUCAAUGCAAAAGUCACCACAGCCAAAUGCUUUGAUGUACCUGAAAAUGUCAAUGAAGCUUCAGCAAGUCUGCAGAAAAUACAGGAAUUCUUAUCAGAGAGUGAGAACGGGCAACAAAAACUAAACCUGGUAGCAUCCAAAGGAGAACUGCUGUGCUCUGUCUUACCAAAGGAAAAGGCUAAAGUUAUCCUGGACAAAUGUGCUGCUGCUAAAGAAGAUUGGAAAAAUUUUAUUACCACCCUCCACCAGAAGGAAUCUGCACUGGAGAACUUAAAGAUCCAGAUGAAGGAUUUUGAAGCAACUGCUGAGCCUCUGCAGGAGUGGCUGACUACAACUGAGAAGAUGUUACAAGGAAGUAGCGGUCGGCUCCAUGAUCUUUCUUCCAAGAGGAGAGAACAGCAAAAGUUGCAGUCUGUCCUUGAGGAAGUAAGCUGCCACGAGCAUCAGCUCAACAGGCUAAAAGAGAAAGCUCAGCAGCUGUGGGAAGAGCAAGCUGUCAGCAAAAGCUUUAUGCGCAGAGUGUCUCAGUUGUCUUCUCAAUACCUUACUCUAAGCAAUCUAACAAAGGAGAAAGUUUCCAGAAUGGAUAGGGUCGUAGCAGAGCACCAGCAGUUCUCGCACAGUAUCAAGGACCUCCAGGACUGGAUGGCUGAUGCAGUUCACAUGCUGAAUUCCUACUGUCAUCCCACUGCAGACAAGAGUGUUCUGGACAGCCGAAUGUUCAAGCUAGAGGGACUGCUAGCAGUGAAACAAGAAAAAGAAAUCCAAAUGAAAAUGGUUCUGACAAGAGGAGAAUCUGUACUGCAGAAUACUUCUCCGGAGGGAGUGCCAGUGAUUGAACAGCAGUUGCAAACCCUAAAGGAUAGCUGGGCGUCUCUUCUGUCUGCUUGUAUCCAGUGCAAGAGUCAACUGGAAGGAGCUCUUUCCAAAUGGACAAGUUACCAGGAUGAUGUUCGUCAGUUUUCCAGCUGGAUGGAUAAAGUAGAAGAGAGUAUGAAUGCUUCUGAAAGGCAAUAUGCUGAACUGAGGGAAAAAACAGCUGCCCUCAGCAAAGCAAAGCUCCUCAAUGAAGAGGUUUUGAGUCACAGCAGCCUACUGGAGAUGGUUGAAGUGAAAGGAAGUGGGAUGGCUGAGCAUUAUGUCACUCAGCUUGAACUCCAGGACCUUCAGGAGCGGUAUAAGUUCCUAAAAGACAGAACAAGGGAGGCAGUAACAAAAGCUGAAGGACUGCUUAACUUACAUCAAGAGUACCAAAAAAAUCUGAAGACCUUUGAAGUAUGGCUGGAGAAGGAACAGGAAAAACUUGACUGUCUAUCACAUCUUAAUGGUGAUGCCCAGAAACAGGAGGCAACGCUCCGAGACUUACAGGAGCUGCAGGUCCACUGUGCAGAAGGACAAGCAUUAUUGAAUGCAGCUGUCCAUGCCAGAGAGGAAGUGAUUCCUUGGGGCAUUCCCCAGAUAGAAGACCGAGCUCUGGAAUCCUUACAGCAGGAUUGGCAAGUUUAUCAGCACAGGCUUUCUGAAGCAAGAAGCCAAUUAAAUGCCACUGUGAGCAGACUGAGGUUAAUGGAGAUGAAGUUUCAGAAAGUUAAUGACUGGCUAACGGAUCUGGAGGACAAAGUUGCUAUCAGGACUGGGAGGCAGUCUCAUAGAGCAACAAAGGAGAUACAGCUUCAACAAAUGAAGAAGUGGCACGAAGAAAUUACAAUCUACAAAGAUGAUGUGGAGGAAGUUGGGGUAUUGGCUCAGCAACUACUAGAGGAAAGUCUCACUGCAAAUAGAAUGGGAAGCCAGGCUACUCAACUUACAUCUCGAUAUCAAACUCUUCUUCUUCAUGUCCUGGAACAAAUAAAGUUUCUGGAAGAAGAAAUACGCUGUAUGGAGGAGUCGGAAUUGGCUUUUAGUGCUUACACAAAUUGGUACGGGGCCACUAACAAGAACUUCAGAAAUGUGAUCACCAAGUUUGAUGCGGUUGAUAAAACAGCAAUGGAGAAAAAAGUGCAAAAACUAGAGCUGCUAUUGAGUGAUAUGGACAUAGGCCACAGUUUACUAAAAUCUGCCCGUGAGAAGGGCGAGCGAGCUAUUAAGUACAUGGAAGAAAAUGAAGUUGACCAGUUAAGAAAAGAAAUUGGAGAUCAUGUGGAACAGCUUGAAGAGCUGGCAGGCUCCAUCAGGAAAGAGCACAUGACUUCAGAAAAGUGUGUUCAGCUGGCAAAGGAGUUCUCAGACAAAUACAAGGCACAGACUCAGUGGGUCACAGAGUACCAAGCUGUGUUACAUGCUCCAGCUGAGCCAAAGAGUGAGCUCUACGAGAAGAAGGCCCAGUUGUCCAAAUACAAGUCCAUACAACAGACUGUUCUGUCCCAUGAGCCUUCAAUAAAAUCAGUAAUUGAAAAGGGAGAAGCUCUUUUUGAUCUGGUGAAUGAUGUGACUCUUAAGAACAACAUUCAAGACCUUCAGAGCAGUUACCAGGAGCUCUGCAGCACAGCAAAGACAUACGUUGAAACUUUAGAGGUGAGAGUAAAAGAACAUGAGGAUUACAACAGUGACUUGCAAGAAGGGGAAAAAUGGUUAUUACAGAUGUCUAGCCGGCUGGUCAGCCCUGACCUCAUGGAGAGUAACAAUCUUGAAAUAAUCACCCAACAACUAGCUAAUCACAAGGCUAUCAUGGAAGAAAUUGCAGGAUUUGAAGAUCGUUUGAACAACCUUAAGAGUAAAGGUGAUUACCUGAUCGAUCAAUGCACAGAACAUCUUCAAGCUAAAUUUAAGCAAAACAUACAAAGCCAUCUUCAGGGGACAAAGGACAGCUAUUCUGCCAUAUGUAGUACAGCGCAAAGAGUGUACCAGAGUUUGGAACAUGAACUCCAGAAGCAUGUUAAUCAUCAGGAUACCCUGCAGCAGUGCCAGACUUGGCUGUCUACAGUGCAUUCAGAACUAAAGCCAAGUACCUGGCCACCUUUCAGCCUGACAGACGCAGUUAAACAGGUGAAACAUUUCCGGGCUCUACAGGAACAAGCAAAUACAUACUUGGAUCUUCUGUGCUCCAUGUGUGAUCUGUCAGAUGCCACAGUGAAGAGUACAGCAACAGAUAUUCAACAAAUAAAACAAACGAUUGAGCAACAGAUAAUGCACUCACAGUAUUUGGCUCAAGGUUGGGAAGAGAUCAAACAAAUGAAGGCUGAACUCUGGAUAUAUUUCCAAGAUGCAGAUCAACAAUUACAGAAUUUGAAAAGAAGACGGGCAGAGUUGGAGCUAAACAUUGCCCAGAAUAUGGUACUACAGGUUAAGGAAUUCAGUCAGAAGUUGCAGUCUAAGCAGUCAGCUCUUACCUCUGUGACUGAGAAGAUGAACAAACUAACUCAAGGGCAGGAAUCACCUGAACACAAGGAAACAGGAGAGCUGAGCAACCAGUGGCUGGAUCUCUGCCUUCAGGCACAUGGUUUGCUCCUACAGAGGGAAGAGGAUCUGCAGAGGACAAGGGAUUACCAUGACCGCAUGCACGUAGUUGAAGUUUUCUUGGAAGAACUCACAAAAGAGUGGGACAACCUGGCUAGAUCUGAUGCUGAAAGUACAAAUGUGCACCUUGAAGCUUUGCAAAAAUUAGCACUUGCACUGCAGGAAAGGAGAUUUGCUCUGGAAGAUUUGAAAGACCAGAAACAGAAGAUGACAGAACAUCUGAAUCUUGAUGACAAAGAAUUAGUAAAGGAACAAUUUGGUCAUUUUGAGCAACGCUGGACUCAGCUGGAAGAUCUUGUCAAAAGGAAAAUUCAAGUUUCAGUUUCAACCUUAGAAGAGCUCAGUUUGGUGCAUUCCAAACUUCAGGAAUUAAUGGAAUGGGCAGAGGAGCAGCAACCUAGUGUCUCAGAGGCUCUUAAACAGAGCCCACCUCCAGAUUUGGCUCAGAGUCUUCUAAUGGAUCAUCUUACCAUUUGCAGUGAACUUGAAGCCAAACAGCUGGUUCUGAAGAUGCUUGUGAAGGAUGCUGACAGGGUGAUGACAAACCUAGGGCUCAAUGAAAGGCAGGAGCUGCAGAAAGCACUUUCUGAUGCACAGCACCAUGUAGGUUGUCUCAGCGAUUUGGUUGGCCAAAGAAGAAAGCACCUGAAUAAAGCAUUGUCAGAAAAGACUCAGUUUCUUAUGGCAGUCUUUCAGGCUACAAACCAAAUUCACCAGCAUGAGAAGAAGGUAACAUUUCCAGAACACAUUUCUCUGUUCCCGGAAGAUGUGAACAAACAGAUCAGGACUUGCAAGAAUGCCCAGGCUAACCUGAAGGCCUAUCAAAAUGAUGUCACUGGGUUGUGGGCUCAAGGAAGGGAUUUAAUGAAAGAAGCAACCGAACAAGAAAAGAAUGAAGUGUUAGGUAAAUUGCAAGAACUACAGAAUGUAUAUGACACUGUUUUACAAAAGUGUAACCAGAGAUUGUUAGAACUGGAGAAAAAUAUAGUUUCCAGGAAAUAUUUCAAAGAAGACUUAGAUAAAGUUUGUCAUUGGCUAAAACAAGCUGAUAUUGUCACAUUCCCAGAAGUCAGUGUAAUGAAUAGUAACUCUGAACUGUACACACAGUUGGCAAAAUAUCAACAGAUCCUUGAGCAAUCCCCAGAAUAUGAAAAUCUGUUACUUGCACUGCAAAGAGAUGGCCAAGAAAUCCUACCAUCACUUAAUGAAGUGGAUCAUUCUUAUCUGGAUGAAAAACUUAACAUUCUCCCUCAGCAAUUCAGUAUUGUCACUGCUCUGGCAAAAGAAAAAUUAUAUAAGGUUCAGGAAGCAAUUUAUGCCAGAAAAGAGUAUGCCUCUUUGAUUGAGUUGACAAGUAAAGCUCUGACUGAACUAGAAGAUCAGUUUAUUAACAUGGACAAAGCUCCAGCUGCUGUUUUAGCCAAAGAAGUUGUGUCACUCCAGCAGGCCUACAGAGAUCUCUUAGGUGAGGUGGUGAGUCUUGGUGCAGCAGUGGAUGAGCUAAACCUGAAGAAGGAGGCCUUUCGAAGCACUGGCCAGCCAUGGCAACCGGAUGAGAUGUUAAAACUUGUCACGCUAUAUCACAAGUUGAAGAGGCAAAUAGAACAGAAAAUCAACCUGUUGGAAGACACAAUAGAAGCAUGCCAGGAGCAUGAGAAAAUGAGUAUGCAGUUUGAGGCACAACUAGAGGCAGUGAAGAAAGAGCAGAUUCGGGUAAAUGAAGAAACACUCCCAGUAGAAGAAAAGUUGAAAAUAUACCAUUCUCUGGUGGGCAGCUUGCAAGAGUUGGAGAGUCUUCUGAAACGAAUAAUUGAGCAUCUAGAAGCCCUUUCUCCACAGCUUGACUCAUCUGCAUGUGAGAGAACAAAUCAGCAAGUGCGGUCUUGGCAAGAACAACUAAAGUCUUUACAUGCUGCCAUUGGUGACACUGUGAUGGAGUGUGAGAACAGACUUGUGCAAAGCAUAGACUUCCAGACAGAAAUCUGCCGCUCACUUGACUGGUUGAGAUGGGUGAAAACAGAACUUAAUGGGACAUUAAGUUUGGACCUCAAACUGCAAAGCAUCCAAGAAGAAAUCCGAAAAGUUCAGAUACAUCAGGAAGAAGUGCAGUCAAGCCUGAGAAUAAUGAAUGCACUGAGCAAUAAAGAAAAAGAGAAAUAUAUGAAAGCAAAGGAACUGAUACCUUCUGACCUGGAAAACACACUUGCUGACCUGACAGAACUAGAUGGUGAAGUUCAAGAAUCUAUACACAUGAGACAGGCUACCUUGAAUAAAUUAUAUAGCCUCUGCCAAAAAUACUACCAAGUGAUGCAGAUAGCGAAUGACUGGCUUGAAGACGCUCAGGAAUUUCUACAUUUAGCAAGAAAUGGUCUUGAUGUUGAGAACUCUGAGGAUAACCUGAAGAACCACAUGGAAUUUUUCAGCACAGAAAUUCAGUUCAAUAAUAAUUUGAUGGAGUUACAGGGCCUUAUGUCUGAGAUAGAGCCCUUUAUCCAAGCCAAAGCAAGAGAGCAGCUGAUGCAGAAUGUAGCUGCAUUGGAGGAAAAGGGCAAAGUGACAAAGCAAGAAGCCAAAACCCAGCAAGAGCAGUUGCAAAGGUGUGCUUCAGAAUGGCAGGUGUAUCAGACAGCAAGACAGAAGGUUAUUGAAGUGAUGAAUGAAGCUGAGAAAAAAUUAUCUGAAUUCUCAGUAGCUAAAGCUGUUUCUUCUCAUGAAGCAGAAGAGAAAUUGCUAACACAUAAGACUGUUGUGUCUGUAGUGAAUUCUUUCCAUGAGAAGAUCACAGCCCUUGAAGAAAAGGCUUCACAGCUGGAAAAGGUUAGCAAUGAUGCCAGUAAGGCAACUAUAAGUAGGUCCAUGACAACAGUUUGGCAGCGCUGGACAAGGCUCCGGAAUGUAGCCCAAGAGCAAGAGAAAAUUUUGGAAGAUGCGGUGCAGGAAUGGAAGGGCUUUAAUGAUAAGAUUCAGAAAGCCACCAUAGUAAUAGAUCAGUUACAAGGUCGCUUACCAGAAAGCUCAGUGGAAAAGUCAUCUAGAACAGAGCUCCUGGAACUCCUGGAUUACCACAGCAGUUUCCUUCAGGAGGUGGAGCAUCAGCUGUCAUCUUUGGGCCUGCUCAAACAGCAUGCUGUCAGUGUUCUUCAAGAUGUGGAAAGAAAACCUCCAUCUAAGGAGGAACUACCAGUCAUGCAAGAAAUCAAAGCAAUGCAAGAUCGAUGCCACAAUAUGCAACAGAAAGUGAAAAAGGGUGUGAAGAUGGUGAAACAGGAGCUGAAGGAGCGUGAUGAUGUUGAAGCAGAGAUUAAUACUGUCAAGUCCUGGAUCCAGGAAACAAAAGAGUAUUUAUUAAGCCCUGAUGUUGAAGUGGAUACUCAACUUCAUGAGUUGCAGUCUCUCCUUGGUGAAGUAACCACUCAUCGCCAGGCUGUUGAAAAAAUGGCUGAACAACAACAGAAUAAGUAUUUGGGACUUUAUACCAUUUUGCCUUCUGAACUUUCUCUUCAUUUAGCAGAAGUUGGGCUGGACCUUGUAACUGUACAAGAUCAGAUUCAAACCAAAGAAAGAGAAACUCAGCGGAUCAAAAGACUGAAUCAAGAGUUCAGUCAGAAAAUUCAGGAGAUAGCAAGUGAACUAAAUGCCAUUCUUUCAAAACUGAAAAAGAAAACAAAUGAUAUAGCACAAGCUAAACUUGAACAAAAGAUCCUCGGUGAAGAGUUGGACAGCUGCAACAUAAAGCUGUUGGAAUUAGAUGCAUCAGUCCAGGACUUUGCAGAGCAGAAUGUACCACUGGCUAAGCAACUGGCUAACAGGAUUGGGAAACUCACUGCAUUGCACCAACAGACGGUACAGCAGGCUGAGUACAGAGCAGCUAAGCUCAGUCAGGCUGCUUCACACUUGGAAGAAUACAAUGAGAUGUUGGAGUUCAUAUUGAAAUGGAUCGAGAAAGCGAAUAUCCUAGUGCAUGGUAGUAUAACAUGGAAUUCUUCCUCUCAGCUUCGUGAUCAGUGUAAAGCCUACCAGACUAUGUUGGAUGAGUCUGGAGAGAUUCAUGGUGAUCUUGAGGCCAUGAGUGACAGGAUUGAGUAUCUAGCCAGUGUGUACUGUACUGAAGGAAUGUCACAGCAAGUGCUGGAACUGGGGCGGAGAACAGAGGAAUUGCAACAAAUUAUCAAAGUGCGGCUACCAAAUCUCCAAGAUGCUGCCAAGGACAUGAAGAAAUUUGAAAUUGAGCUGAGAGGCCUGCAGGCUGCUCUGGAGCAAGCCCAAGCCACACUGACUUCUCCAGAGCUCGGGCAUUUGAGCUUGAAAGAGCAGCUUUCUCACAGACAGCAUCUCUUGUCUGAAAUGGAGUCACUGAAGCCAAAGGUCCACACAGUACAAGUCUGUCAGAGUGCCCUGAGGAUUCCUGAAGAGGUGGUCACUGGCCUGCCCAUGUGCCACAGUGCCCUCCAGCUCCAGGAGGAGGCCAGCCGCCUGCAGCACACUGCCAUUCAGCAGUGCAACAUCAUGCAGGAAGCGGUGGUUCAGUAUGAGCAAUAUGAGCAAGAAAUGAAACAUUUACAGCAAAUGAUAGAGAGUGCUCAUCAGGAGAUCCAAGACAAGCCAGUAUCAACCAGCAACAUCCAGGAACUCCAGGUCCAGAUUUCACAUCAUGAGGAGCUGGCUCAGAAGAUCAAAGGAUAUCAGGAGCAAAUUGCUUCUUUGAAUUCAAAGUGCAAGAUGCUGACAAUGAAAGCAAAACAUGCCACCAUGCUGCUAACAGUGACAGAAGUGGAGGGGCUUUCAGAGGGAAUGGAGGAGCUGGAUUCAGACCUGCUCCCAUCACAUCCCGCUCAUCCCUCGGUGGUUAUGAUGACUGCUGGUCGCUGUCACACGCUGCUCUCCCCUGUCACUGAGGAGUCUGGGGAGGAGGGAACCAACAGUGAGAUUUCUUCUCCACCUGCCUGUCGCUCUCCCUCACCUGUGGCUAAUACAGAUGCUUCUGUUAACCAGGACAUUGCUUAUUACCAAGCCUUAUCUGCUGAACAGUUGGCCUUAUCUGCUGAACAGUUGCAGACAGAAGCUGCUAAAAUUCAACCCAGCACUUCAGCCACCCAGGAUUUUUAUGAACCCAGCUUAGAAUCAGCUGCUAGUGCCAAACUGGAUGAUUUGCAGCGUUCUUGGGAAACGCUGAAAAAUGUGAUCAGUGAAAAGCAGCGCACUCUCUAUGAAGCCCUUGAGCGCCAACAGAAAUACCAGGACACACUCCAAUCUAUAUCCACAAAAAUGGAGAGCAUUGAGAUCAAACUAAAUGAAAGCCUGGAACCAAUCAAAAGCCCAGAGAGCCAGAUGGCUGAACAUCAGGCUUUAAUGGAUGAGAUUUUAAUGUUACAAGAAGAAAUUACUGAGCUACAAACAUCAUUAGCCCAGGAGCUGGUUUCAGAACCACUGGAUGCAGAAGCUGCUGAUCAGCUGGCAUUGCAGUCCACACUCACGGUCUUGGCAGAACGAAUGGCCACAAUUCGAAUGAAGGCAUCAGGAAAACGACAACUAUUAGAGGAAAAACUGAAUGAGCAGCUGGAAGAACAACGUCAAGAGCAGGCUCUUCAAAGGUACCGUUGUGAAGCUGAUGAGCUUGAUCACUGGCUACUCAGUACCCGAGCAACACUGGACACAACUCUGGAUACUGCUGAGGAACCUAUGGACAUGGAAGCACAGCUUGUAGACUGUCAGAACAUGCUGGUUGAAAUAGAGCAGAAAGUGGUAGCCUUGUCAGAGUUGUCUGUGCACAACGAGAACUUACUUAUGGAGGGGAAGGCUCACACCAAGGACGAGGCAGAGCAGCUGGCUGUGAAGCUCAGGACACUGAAGGGAAGCCUUCUGGAGCUGCAGAGAGUGCUCCAUGACAAACAGAUCAACAUUCGGGGAUCAUUGCAAGAAAAGGAAGAGAGUGAUCUGGACUUUGUUUCCUCACAAAGCCCCAGUGUUCAAGAAUGGCUGGCACAAGCAAGAACCAGUCGCUCCCAGCAGCAGCAGAGUACCCUGCAGCAACAGAAAGAGCUGGAACAAGAGCUAGAAGAGCAGAAGAAUCUGCUUCGAUCAGUAGCAUGUCGUGGAGAAGAAAUCCUAACACAGCAAGGCGCUUCAGAAGGCCUAUGUAUAAGUGAAAAGCCUGAUACACUCUCUAAGGAAUUAAUCUUGGAAGGAGGGAAGCCAUUAUCUGAGGAACAGAUGAAGACAAAAUGGGAAAGCCUGAACCACGAAUUCAAUACCAAACAGAGACUGCUCCAGAAAGCUUUGGAACAAGAAGAGCUGGUACUUUAUAGCAGACCAAACAGACUGCUAUCUGGAAUACCUUUGUAUAAGGAGGAAGGAAAGGAUGAGGAUAAAUCAUUGGUGUCGCCAGUACUAGCUGAAUUGAAUCAGACCUUUGAAGAUGUGUCAUCUGAGGUAACAGCUGUACAGGUGGAGGAGAGCCGAUGUCUUGAACAGAAGCUUUAUAAUGGUGUUGCAGCCACCUCCUUGUGGCUGGAUGGUGUAGAAGAACAGGUCUUUGUUGCUACAGCUCUGUUGCCAGAGGAAGAAACAGAAACACAACUCUGCAAGCAGGAGUCACUUGGCAAAGAAAUCAAAGAGAUAACAGAAGAAAUGGACAAGAACAAAAAAUUAUUUGCUCAGAUAUUUCCUGAGAAUGGGGAUAACAGGGAUAUUAUAGAAGACACUUUGGAUUGUCUCCUGAGAAGACUGGCCCUGCUGGAGUCAGUAGUAAACCAGAGAUGCCAUCAGAUGAGAGGAAGGCUCCAGCAAAUAGUGACUUUCAAGAAUGAUCUGAAGCUCCUGUUUACAUCAGUGGCUGAUAACAAAUAUUUAGUUCUACAGAAACUAGCAGAGGCAGCUGAGAGACCAGAAACAGAACAAAUGCAGGUCAUACUGCAGGCAGAAGAAGGUUUGAAAGAACUAGAUACUGGAAUCAAUGAGCUGAAGAAGCGUGUAGACAAGCUACAAAUUGACAAACCUUCUGCACAAGAGCUGUCUAAGAUCCAGGAUAUGUAUGAUGAGCUGGUGAAGAUCAUUGGAUCCAGACGGAGUGACCUGAAUCAGAAUCUAGCUCUUAAGAGGCAGUAUGAACGGGCUUUGCAGGACAUGGCUGACCUGUUAGAAACAGGCCAAGAAAAGAUGGCUGGUGACCAGAAAAUGAUUGUUACUUCCAGGGACGAGGUUCGAUCACUACUUGACAAACAUAAGGAAUAUUUUCAAGGAUUGGAGUCUCACGUGGUCCUGACUGAAACACUCUUUAGAAAGAUGAACAGCUUUGCCCUCUUGAAGGAAACUCAGUCACAUUCAGAGCUAAUGACACAAGCUUCAGCUGUAUUAAAGCUGGCUCAUAAACGAGGUGUGGAGCUGGAAUACAUUCUAGAGACCUGGAUGCACCUUGAUGAAGAUUACCAGGAACUUACCAGACAGCUGGAAUCUGUUGAAGGUAGCAUCCCCACUAUUGGUUUGGUGGAAGAAACCGAGGACAGGCUCAGAGAGCGGAUUACACUUUUUCAGCAUCUGAGAUCUAGCCUGACUGAACACCAACCUAAGUUAUACAGAGUGCUAGAUGAUGGGAAAAGGCUUCUCUUUUCUGUUAGCUGCUCAGAUCUCGAAAGUCAGCUGAACCAAUUAGGAGAACAGUGGUUAAGUAACACCAGCAAGAUUACCAAGGAGCUUCACAGGCUGGAGACAAUCCUGAAGCUCUGGACAAGGUAUCAGAGUGAAUCAAGUGAACUGACACAUUGGUUACAAUCUGCAAUUGAGCGACUUGAGUUUUGGAGCCAGCAGUCUUUGACAGUUCCUCAGGAACUGGAGACAGUCCGAGACCACCUGAACUCAUUUUUGGAGUUUUCAAAAGAAGUGGAUGCUAAAUCAUCGCAGAAAUCUUCUGUCCUGAGUACUGGGAACCAGCUCCUCAGGCUGAAGAGGAUGGAUACAGCAGCACUGCGUGCGGGAUUGUCCCGCAUUGACAACCAGUGGACAGAGCUGCUCACACGAAUCCCAGCAGUACAAGAGAAAUUACACCAGCUCCAAAUGGACAAAAUUCCUUCUCGCCAUGCUAUCUCUGAAAUUAUGAGCUGGAUUUCCCUGAUGGAAAAUGUCAUUCAGCAGGAUGAAGAGAAUAUAAAAAAUGCAGUAGGACAGAAAGUAAUUCAGGAUUAUGUCCAGAAGUACAAGGGUUUCAAGAUAGAUUUAAAUUGCAAACAAUUGACAGUAGACUUUGUGAACCAAUCAGUUCUACAAAUUAGCAGCCAAGAUGUUGAAAGUAAACGCAGCGACAAAACUGAUUUUGCAGAACAACUUGGAGCAAUGAACAGACGCUGGCAAAUCCUGCAAGGCCUGAUAACAGAAAAGAUCCAGCUGUUGGAAAGUCUGCAGGAAUCCUGGACACAAUAUGAAAAUAGUGUGCAGUGCCUAAAAACGUGGUUUGAAACCCAAGAGAAGAAACUGGAACAGCAACAGAAAAUUGGAGACCAGGCUUCAGUACAAAAUGCUUUGAAAGACUGUCAGGAAUUAGAAGAAUCAAUAAGAACAAAGGAAAAAGAAGUGGAAAAUGUAGAACAGAGUGGUCUGUCUUUGAUACAGAACAAGAAGGAAGAAGUCUCUUCAGCUGUUAUGAGUACACUGCAAGAAAUAAACCAUUCCUGGGCCAGUUUGGAUCACACGGUUAGCCGACUGCAGAUAUUGUUGCAAUCUGUCCUUGAUCAGUGGAGCAUUUACAAAGUGGCUUAUGAAGAACUGAAUAGUUACCUGACAGAAGCCAGAUAUUCUUUGUCCCGUUUUUAUCUUCUUACUGGUUCUUUGGAAGCUGUGAAAGUCCAAGUUGACAGCCUUCAGAGCCUACAAGAUGAACUGGAAAAGCAAGAAAGCAGCUUACAGAAAUUUGGCUCUGUGACCAAUCAGUUGUUGAAAGAAUGUCACCCACCAGUGACUGAAACACUUACCAACACUUUGAAAGAAAUGAAUAUGAGGUGGAACAACCUUCUGCAGGAGAUUGCAGAGCGGCUGCGUGCCAGUAAGGGCCUCCUUCAGCUGUGGCAGAGGUACAAUGACUGCUACCAGCAGUGCUCUGCCACAGUCUGUCAGCGGGAACACCAGACCAAGGAACUCCUGAAGACUGCUACCAGCAAAGACAUUGCUGAUGAUGAAGUUACUAAUUGGAUUCAGGACUGCAAUGAUGUACUCACUGAUUUGAAGACAGCACAAGAGUCACUGCUUGUUCUUCAAGAACUGGGAGAGGAGUUAAAAAGCCAGGUGGAGCCUUCUGCAGCAGCUGCUAUACAGUCUGAUAAUCUUUCUCUGAACCAGAAUCUGUCAACCCUAGAACAGGCUCUCCGCAAGCAACAAGCUGUAUUUCAGGCUGGAGUGCUGGACUAUCAAACCUUUGCCAAGAACCUACAAGUCCUUGAGGCCUGGAUAACAGAAGCAGAAGAAAUAUUGAAAGGGCAGGAUCCCAAUCACUCAACUGAUCUCUCAUCAAUACAGAGUAGAAUGGAGGAACUCAAGAGUCAGAUGUUGAAAUUCAGCAGCAUGGCACCAGAUUUGGACCGUCUUAAUGAGCUGGGUUACAGGCUUCCUCUGAAUGACAAAGAAAUCAAAAGGAUGCAGAACCUGAACAGACGGUGGUCUCUGAUCUCAUCUCAGACUAUGGAGAGAUUCAGUAAGCUGCAGUCUUUCAUGCUGCAGCAGCAGACCUUCUUGGAGAAAUGUGAAACUUGGAUGGAUUUAUUAGUCCAGACUGAGCAGAAGCUGGCAGCAGAGAUUUCAGGAAACUACGAGAGCCUUUUAGAGCAACAAAGGGCACAUGAGCUAUUCCAGGCAGAGAUGUUCAGCCGCCAGCAGAUUUUGCAUUCAAUUAUCUCUGAUGGGCAGCACCUCCUGGAUCAAGGACAGGUGGAUGACAGGGAUGAAUUUAAUCUGAAGCUGACUCUUCUAAGUAACCAAUGGCAAGGAGUAAUUCGCCGGGCACAGCAGAGGAGGGGGAUCAUUGACAGCCAAAUUUACCAGUGGCAGCGCUAUAGGGAGAUGGCAGAGAAGUUGCGCAAGUGGCUGGUGGAAAUAUCCUGUCAGUCUGUGAGUGGGCUCGGCAACGUUCCUAUCCCACUGCAGCAGGCCAGAGCACUACUGGAUGAAGUACAGCUUAAAGAGAAAGUUCUUCUAAGGCAGCAGGGGAGUUAUAUCCUCACUGUGGAAGCUGGGAAGCAACUGCUGCUCUGUGCUGACAGUGGAGCUGAGGCAGCCCUGCAGACAGAGCUUACCGAAAUUCAGGACCACUGGAAGAUAGCCAGCACCCAACUGGAGCAACAAAAGAAACAGCUUGCUUUACUACUAAAAGACUGGGAAAAAUGCGAAAAGGGCAUAGGAGACUCCCUGGAGAAGCUCAGAUCAUUCAAAAAAAAGCUUUCUCAGCCUUUGCCAGAACACCAUGAUGAGUUGCAUACUGAGCAGAUUCGAUGCAAGGAGUUAGAGAAUGCAGUUGAAGGAUGGACAGAUGACCUUGCACACCUCUCUCUGCUGAAGGAGACCCUGUCUAUGUCUAUCAGCGCAGAUGACAUCUCAAUCCUCAGUGAGCGCAUAGAGCUUCUGCACAGACAGUGGGAGGAGCUGUGCCACCAGCUCUCAUUACGUCGACAACAAGUUAGUGAGAGACUGAAUGAGUGGGCUGUCUUCAGUGAGAAGAACAAGGAGCUCUGUGAGUGGCUGACGCAAAUGGAAAGUAAGGUUUCUCAAAAUGGAGACAUCCUCAUAGAAGAAAUGAUUGAGAAACUUAAAAAGGAUUAUCAAGAGGAAAUUGCUGUUGCCCAGCAGAACAAAAUCCAGCUCCAGCAAAUGGGAGAGCGACUUGCGAAAGCCAGCCAUGAGAGUAAGGCAUUAGAAAUUGAGUACAAACUUGGAAAGAUCAAUGACAGGUGGCAACAUCUUCUAGAUCUUAUUGCAGCCAGGAUAAAGAAGUUGAAGGAGACACUUGUUGCAGUGCAGCAGCUGGAUAAAAACAUGAGUAGCCUAAGAUCUUGGCUUGCCCACAUUGAGUCAGAGCUGUCUAAACCUAUCAUCUAUGAAACUUGUGAUUCUGAGGAGAUACAAAGGAAGCUAAAUCAACAGCAGGAACUUCAGAAGGACAUAGAGAAACAUAGCACUGGAGUGGCAUCUGUUCUCAAUCUGUGUGAAGUACUUCUUCAUGACUGUGAUGCUUGUGCCACAGAAGCAGAGUGUGACUCUAUUCAGCAAGCUACACGCAAUCUGGACAGAAGGUGGAGGAACAUUUGUGCAUUGUCAAUGGAAAGGCGACUUAAAAUUGAAGAGACGUGGCGGCUAUGGCAAAAGUUUUUGGAUGACUACUCUAAAUUCGAAGACUGGCUGCAAAGAUCUGAGGGGAUAGCUGCUUUCCCAAGCUCCUCUGGUGUGCUUUACACAGUUGCUAAGGAAGAACUGAAGAAAUUUGAGGCCUUCCAGAGACAAGUGCAUGAAAGUCUAACUCAGCUGGAACUGAUCAAUAAACAAUAUCGCCGCCUGGCCCGAGAGAACCGCACUGACUGUAACUGCAGCCUCAAGCAGAUGGUUCAUGAGGGGAACCAGAGAUGGGACAACUUGCAAAAGCGAGUUACCUCCAUCCUGCGCAGGCUAAAACAUUUUAUUGGCCAGCGUGAGGAGUUUGAGACAGCACGUGAUAGCAUCCUGGUAUGGCUAACAGAGAUGGACCUGCAGCUGACCAACAUUGAACAUUUCUCAGAGUGUGAUGUCCAAGCAAAGAUAAAGCAACUUAAGGCUUUCCAGCAAGAAAUUUCACUGAACAACAACAAAAUUGAGCAAAUAAUCGUGCAGGGUGAGCAACUCAUUGAGAAGAGUGAGCCCAUGGAUGCAGCUGUCAUUGAAGAAGAACUAGAUGAACUACGUCGUUACUGCCAAGAGGUCUUUGGACGUGUGGAACGCUAUCACAAGAAACUCAUCCGCCUUCCUCUGACAGAUGAUGAACAUGACCUCUCUGACAGAGAGGUGGAAGUGGAUGAAUCAGCAGAUCUCUCUGACAUACACUGGCACGACAAGUCUGCAGACAGCGUUCUCUCCCCGCAGCCCUCUUCCAACCUCUCGCUGCCUCUUUCCCAGCCGGUGAGAAGUGAGCGAUCAGGACGAGAUACCCCUGCAAGCGUGGACUCCAUUCCCCUGGAGUGGGAUCAUGACUACGACCUUAGCAGAGACCUGGAGACAGCGGUUUCACGGGCACUGCACUCUGAUGAAGAAGACAGAGGACAAGAGAAGGACUUCUACAUGAGAGGAGCAACUGGUAUAGCAGGAGAACCUGGUUCCCUGGAAGCACAUAUCCGACAGCUGGACAAGGCCUUAGACACCAGUCGUUUCCAAAUACAGCAAGCAGAAAACAUCAUCCGCAGCAAAACACCUACAGGACCAGAGCUGGAUUCCAGUUACAAAGGAUAUAUGAAACUACUAGGUGAGUGCAGUGGAAGCAUAGAUUCAGUAAAAAGGCUUGGAUAUAAACUGAAGGAGGAAGAAGAAAAGUUAGCUGGACUUAUUAACCUAAACAGUACUGAAACACAAACAGCUGGUGUAAUUGACCGAUGGGAAUUAAUUCAGGCUCAAGCACUAAGUAAGGAGCUGAGGAUGAAGCAGAACCUUCAGCAAUGGCAGCAAUUUAACUCUGACCUUAAUAGUGUUUGUACUUGGUUGGGAGAAACUGAAGAGGAACUGGAGAAGAUCUGCCACCUUGAUCUCAGCACUGACAUAGAAACUAUUGAGUUCAGAAUUAAAAAACUGAAAGAGCUGCAGAAGGCAAUCGACAACCGCAAAGCGAUCGUCUUAUCCAUCAAUCUGUGCAGCUCAGAGUUCACUCAGUCUGACAACGAAGAAAGCAAGAAGCUUCAAGAGCGCCUGUCUCAGAUGAACGUGCACUGGGACCACGUGUGCAGCAUGAUGGAAGCGUGGCGCUGCUCAUUGCAGGAUGCACUGAUGCAGUGCCAGGACUUCCAUGAAAUGAGCCAUGGUUUACUGCUUUGGUUAGAGAAUAUUGACAGAAGAAAAAAUGAGAUUGUGCCCAUCAAUCCAAACCUGGACUCAGAAAUGCUGCAGGAUCAUCACAGACUUCUAAUGCAAAUCAGACGUGAGCUGCUGGAGUCUCAGUUGAAGGUGGCAUCACUACAAGAUAUGUCCUGCCAAUUGCUAGUCAAUGCUGAAGGCAGGGACUGUCUUGAAGCCAAAGAAAAAGUGCAUGUCAUUGGAAACAGACUGAAGCUCCUCUUGAAAGAGGUCACACAUCAUAUUAAAGACCUAGAGAAAAUUCUAGACAUUUCAAGUAGUCAGCUGGAAUUGUCCUCAUGGUCCUCUGCUGAUGAAUUAGACACAUCGGGCUCAGUGAGUCCUGUAUCUGGAAGAAGCAGUCCAAGCAGGCAGAGAACGCCACGGGGCAAAUGUAGUCUCUCACAGCCUGGACCCUCUGUCAGCAGUCCACAUAGCAGGUCCACAAGAGGUGGCUCAGGUUCCUCCCCUUCUGAGGCCAGGCCAGCAUGGCGGCGCCCAUCCUUCUUCCUCAGAGUCCUGAGAGCCGCUCUGCCACUUCAGCUGCUCUUGCUGCUCCUGAUCGGCCUGGCUUGCCUGGUGCCAAUGACCAAGGAGGACUACAGCUGUACUAUGGCCAACAAUUUUGCCCGCUCUUUCCACCCCAUGCUAAAAUACAUGAAUGGUCCACCUCCGUUAUGAAGGAGACCUGUGAGACAGCAGGGACCUUGUUGGAGUGCUAGCAGGGAGGCAGGAUGGGUUUUUUUUAAAUCCUGGGUGACAGGAUUCAGUGUGGCAGCUUUACCUACCUGCUGUAGCCACUGCUGCAUCCAUAUCUGUCUCUGCUGGCCACUCAGUUAGUAAAGCAUAAGUAUAUCAGUAUCAAAGUGCACAACGCAUUACCUGAGUAGCAUCAUUUCAAUACUCACAUCCUGGGUACUAGGAGAAUGUAACGUGUGAGGGAAAUGUCCUUCUGACCAGCAUUCUGGAUCUUUUAGCCACUUUAUAUCCAGGUCAUUGCCCUGUACUAUGCAUAGCUGAGGACUUGAUACUGUAGAUCCUUUCCUGCGUGCUGCUCUAAAUGAGCCAUUACCUAGAUUUUGUCAAAUACCUUCUCAGUAUCUGCAGUAAUACAAAAUAACCAAUGCU